AUGGGCCGGAACGAUGGCAAGAGGGCCUAUCUGCCCAUCUUGAUCAUUCCUGGCUUCAUGUCGAGUGGCCUGGAGGUUGUGGAAUCCCAGAGCAAGACGGAAUGGGAAGGCAAGAGGAUUUGGCUCAACUUGUCCAGUCUCGGCUUUCAAACCACCUUUUUGAGGAGUGCCAAGGACGAUUACAAGGAAGCGCCUGAUGAAGGGUCGUCACAGUUGAACGACCCUCGCAGUGAUGCAUUCGGUGAUCCCAGGUCGGCUGUUCUUCGCAAUGCCUGGUUGCAUCACAUGUCACUCCAAAAGGAUAUGGUCACUGAGCGAGAUGGUGUCCGAGUCAGGAACAUUUCAGGUCUAGCCGGUGUGGACUACCUCACUCCCGGUGCUCUCCUCAACUAUGUAUCCUAUGUUUUUGGGCCCAUGAUUCUAGCAUUGCAACAAGUGGGUUAUAAGGAUGGCCAAAAUUUGGACGCCGCACCGUACGAUUGGAGGUUACCACCCUGUGCCUUGGAAACCAGAGACUCCUAUUUUACACGCACCAUGGGACAGAUUGAAAAAAUGUACAAAACCAGUCGCGAUACACCCGUGGUGCUAGUGUGUCAUUCCAUGGGUUGCAAGGUUGGCCAUUAUCUUCUCAAUUUUGCCAAACAAGCACGAGGCCAGGAAUGGAUUGACAAACACAUCCAUACCUACUGUCCCAUUGGGGCACCUCAUUUGGGUGCCCCAAAGGCACUGAGGAGUUUGGUCUGUGGGGACAAAAUGGGAUUGGAUACCUUCUUGUCAGAUGCCGAAGCUCUGGUCUUGGGACGGUCUCUGGGAUCUGCGCCAUUCUUAGUACCGGAAGAGUUACCCGACAAUGCAACACCCCUUGCCAUUCUCCGCAUGGAUGGAGCCAUUGAAGUCACUGUACUGAAUUCCAUUGACACGGAUGUAUUCCUGAGCAAGCGAGAAGCGGGACAUGCUCCUGGAAAAGUCAAAGUCACGGUUGUUUUUGGCGGUUCGAGCCUCACGACGCCCUAUAACGCCAUCAAUGAACGACAACGAGUCCAUUUCUACGAAGACUUUACCUUUCGAACAGAAGACAAGGGACCCAAAGACCGUGACAAACUGACAAUCUUCCUCUGUGAACCAGGUGUUAGCAGCGCACGUAGGAGCGUCACCCCUAUUCGUCAGGCACACUUGGGGUGUCGAAAUUGCUUCUUCAGUCCCUGGAAGGCCAAUUUUUGUGGCAAUGAUGCCAAAUGGGCGAUGCCUAGCAAAGAAAACAAAGUAUUGUUUUGGCUCAACAUUCUCUUCUUUUGGUGGCUCAUCUAUCCAAUUGUCCGCUAUUCCAUCGAAUUCUCCUUCAAGAUUGCCUUUGGAGUUACGUAUGGUGUCUUUUGGUGUUUGAUCAGCGGUACCGUCAUGUCUGCCGAUGAAUUCUCCAAAGUCUCUGGUGGAUCGUCCGUGUUGGCCAUGGCACGCAUUCCCCACGUCCGCAGGGAGCUAUUCCCUGAUUCAUCGGCGCGAACGGACAAGGCCAAGCAAGUGGACAUGGAUAUAGACUUGGUGAGCUACCGCGACAUGAGACGCAUCUGUGGCUGGUGCUAUGACAAACGACGAACGAAGCUUCGCGUCCGAAUCAAGUGGAUUCCACCACAAAGUCUACCACAACCCCGCAGCAAGUGCCGGCACAUUAUAGCCCAACCCACGGAACAAACCCAAUCCAUCAAGGGUGUCGUGGAACUGAACAAGAGAAAAAAGAAGAAGAAAGCGGCGUUCACGGCACGUUCGGGCUACGACAUUUUGCGAGCCGAAGGUCUCUUCACGGUGUUUGAUCACAUGGAUCAAAUGUACGCGAAGGAUCCGCUCGAUCCACGAGGCUUUUCCUCCAAAGAUGCGCCUCCGGCACGGGUAAUCAAAGCAAUCUACGGUGUCAACCUUCCUACCGAAGUGGGUGCCAUUUUCAAGCGCCUUCGAGCAUCCAUUGGUAUACCCAAUCACGUCCGCAACCUUUUGGAACCGGACUGUAACGCUGUCCUGAAAUUGAACCCCGAUGGGGUGGUUGUGAAGAAUGGUUGUAUCUACGAGACGAAUGCUGCAGGCAACAAAAGCGGUGACGGUACGGUUCCGUACUGGAGCCUGAGCCAUGUCCGCACGUGGGAACGAGACUGCCAGGUGACUGUGGAUGAGAUUGAAGGAGCCGAGCAUCGAGAGAUAUUGGCCGACAAGCGACUUCACCAGCUUUUGAUAGACUACUGUUGUGCCAAAUAUGCCGUCCCGGAAGAUACAGUGUAA